AAAACCCUAGCCACACCUCCCUCCGCCGCCGCCUCUCGCCGCCAUUUCUCUCCGCCGCCGCCGCCUCUCGCCGCUGCCGCCGCGACGAUGAUCCAUUCCGCGUGUAGGGCCGUUUCCCGCGGUAGGAUGCCGUGUCUCCCCCUCGACGUGACUCUGUGGGCAGCUUUCCCCACCCUCCUUGAGGCCAUCAUCAGUCGCUUCUUAUCGCCGCCGACCUGCCACGGCGCCGCCGUCAUUGGGAGGAACUACACGUCGGCAGCAUCUCCCACCCACCCGGAGAGGCUUGCCGUCCCUCUCCAGUUACUGCUGGGUCAGCCCUCCAGCGGCACCCGCACCACGAUCGCCCGGAGCUUCUCCUCCCGGAGCGACACGAUGGAGCCCUCCCGCGGCACCUGCACCACGAUCGCCAGGAGCUUCUCCUCCCAGAAUGACAAGAUCCUUCUGCCGAACGAGAAGAAGAUUAUUGUCCCGUUCCGGAAGGGGGCCAUCCAUCCAGAACUUGGCUUUUUUCGGCCGCGGCAAGAGGAAGGUGACAUCAGUCCUGUGCGGCUCCCGAUAGUGAGACAGAUCAGUUUUUACGAAGAGCAGGAUGUCUACUUAAUACCAUGGGAAAUCCCUUGGGUCUUCCUCAGAAACGUGCCGGCGUUCAAGCCUGCAGAAAGUAACUCUCUGCUCAAAGGCUAUGGCACCAAAGAAAUGAUGCCUACACCUGCUCUAAGAAAGCUGUGGAAGUCCGUUGUUGACCUGGUUUCCAUAAACAGACAAAGAAGAUACUGUAUCUCAAAGGCACUUGUCGAGAAAAACUUGGUAGUUUCAGUUAUACAUGGCACAUUUGCAUUGAAGAGAGUCUUUGCGGAUAACUUACCUGCAGACCCCAAUACUUUUGAGGGCUUUAAAGCAGUAAAGCGUCUCUUCAUUAGACUGAUGAAUAAAAGGUACGGCAGCAAUUUUAGUGCUAUUCUUUUGCCUGAAUUGCAAAAUUGGCUUCGUGUGUUGGAUGAUCCGAAGGAAUUGGAUGGAAAGUUAGCAACCUAUCAUGCAUGGAUGCUACCGGAUGAAGAUAGGGGAUGGUUUAGUGUGAGGGUGGCUUAACUACUCACACAGGAAAUGGUUGGGAGAAAAAAGAACGAUGUGAUCGAGGAUUUGGAUCCACUGAGCUUAGGGCUGGACGAAAUGCACCCCUUCUUCAAGGAAUGGCGCGAGCAUAUAACCAAGGUACGAGACAAAAUGGAUGAAGGCUGCCAGCAGCCUGAUGUGUCGCCUAAGGAGUAUGAGACAAACAAGUUCAGAGACAAAAUGAGAGAAGGCGGACAUCGGCCUGAUAAGUCGCCUGAGUUUCGUGGUGGACGGUGGCUCGUGAUGAUGAACCGUUAUGAUGUCCUUCAUACGCACAGUUAUAUUUUAAGCGGGAAAAGAUGUGGAAGUUUCUGGAUAUGGAGCGUUACUUUCCAAAGGCUGUGGUCUUACCCGAUCCCAGAUGCAGGAGGAGAGCGCCUACAACAGGCUGCUCAAGGAUCUGGAGCAGAUGCAGGAGGAGAGCGCCUACAACAGGCUGCUCAAGGAUCUGGAGCAGAUGCAGGAGGAGAUCGUCAACAAGUACCGCGACAAGGUGCUCAAGGAUCUAGAGCAGAUGACGGGAGGAGAUCGUCAACAAGUGCCUCCACCUGCCGGUGGCCAAGGGCUUCGCCGACCUCGAACCCUUGCCGGAUGCUCCUCCACCUCAGGAGGAGGAGAAUCGAAGGAUGCUGCUCCUGGACAUGGUACCUUGGUAUUCAGGGACAUCAGCUGAUUUAUUCAAGACAGCAUUUGAUCUUAUGGUCUCUGUGACUCUUUUUGUUGGGCGAUUUGACAUGCGCAUGAUGCAGGCUGCAAUGAAAGGACCAACAGAUGACGCGCAGAAUGCUGACCUGUUAUAUGACUACUUCAAUGAAAGGGAAGACCUUUGGUUUGACUUUGUUGCAGACACUGGUGAUGGAGGAAAUUCAUCAUAUACAGUUGCUCGACUGUUAGCUCAACCAUCUAUUAGGACUGUAAUUGGUGGCUCUAUGCAUACUCUUCCACGUGGGAACUUACUUCUUAUCGGUGGAGAUCUCGCGUACCCAAACCCUUCAUCAUUUACAUAUGAGAGGCGCUUCUUUAGGCCCUUUGAGUAUGCUCUGCAACCUCCACCUUGGUAUAGGGCUGAACAUAUAGCUCUGGAUAAGCCUGAGCUUCCUCCCGGUGUAUCAAAGAUGUCUGAAUAUGAUGGGCCACAGUGUUUUAUAAUUCCUGGAAACCAUGACUGGUUUGACGGGCUGCACACAUUUAUGAGAUAUAUAUGUCACAAAAGCUGGUUAGGUGGAUGGUUUCUGCCUCAGAAGAAGAGCUAUUUUGCAUUGCAGCUUCCCAAGGGUUGGUGGAUCUUUGGUCUUGAUUUAUCUCUUCAUGGUGACGUUGAUGUGUACCAAUUCAAGUUUUUUGCAGAUCUUUGUCAGAAAAAGGUUGGGGAGAAUGACUCUGUGAUUGUAGUGACACAUGAGCCAAACUGGCUUCUUGAUUGGUACUGGAAGGAGACUACAGGCAAGAAUGUCUCACAUUUAAUUCAGGAAUACCUGAAUGGAAGAUGUAGACUUCGCAUGGCGGGGGAUUUACACCAUUUUAUGAGGCAUUCUGCCACUCGAUCAGAAAAGCCUAAUUUUGUGCAACACUUGCUUGUCAAUGGAUGUGGUGGCGCCUUUUUGCACCCAACACAUGUUUUUAGAAACUUUGAGAGGUUCUCUGGAACCACCUAUGAAUGCAAGGCAGCUUAUCCAUCUUAUGACGAGUCUAGUGGGAUUGCACUGGGUAACAUACUGAAGUUCCGCAAGAAGAAUUGGCAGUUUGAUACUAUUGGUGGUUUUAUCUACUUUAUAUUGGUGUUUUCAAUGUUCCCACAGUGUAAUCUUGUUCACAUCUUCAAUGAAGAAACUUGGUCUGGGCGUGUGAAAAGCUUCUCAAGUACAAUAUGGAGUGCUUUGCUUUAUAUUUUUGAACACUCUUAUGUCUCUUCAGUAGCAAGUCUAACUUUAUUGAUGGCAUCAUAUUCAUUUGUACCAUCGAAACUCUCACGGAGGAAAAGAGCUAUUAUAGGCGGCCUCCAUGUUUUGGCCCAUUUAACUGCAGCUCUACUUUUAAUGUUGCUGCUGGAGUUGGGCAUUGAAAUUUGUAUCCGGAAUCAUUUAUUAGCAACUUCAGGUUAUCACACUCUAUAUGAAUGGUAUCGGUCCAUGGAAAGUGAGCAUUUUCCAGAUCCUACUGGUCUUCGUUCUCGUUUGGAACAAUGGACGCUGGGACUGUACCCAGCAUGUAUAAAAUACCUUAUGUCGGCCUUUGAUGUCCCUGAGGUCAUGGCAGUGACAAGGAUAAAUAUCUGCAAGAAUGGGAUGAUGUCCCUUUCACGAAGCGUUCUGAUCAUGUACUACACCUCUGUGUUCAUCUAUUUCUGGAUUUUCUCGACUCCAGUUGUUUCCCUCAUAUUUGGUAGCUACCUAUACAUUUGCAUCAACUGGUUCCACAUUCAUUUCGAUGAAGCCUUCUCAUCACUGCGCAUCGCGAACUACAAAUCUUUCACGAGGUUUCAUAUUAAGAAGGAUGGUGAUCUGGAAAUAUUUACUCUUGCAGUUGACAAGGUCCCAAAGGACUGGAAGUUGGAUCCAAGAUGGGAAUCAGAUGUAAGAGGGCCUCAUCAGCUCAGCCAUGAACGGAAACACCCAAGCAAGUGGAGAUGCAGGAGGAGAGCGCCUACAACAGGCUGCUCAAGGAUCUGGAGCAGAUGCAGGAGGAGAUCGUCAACAAGUACCGCGACAAGGUGCUCAAGGAUCUGGAGCAGAUGACGGGAGGAGAUCGUCAACAAGUGCCUCCACCUGCCGGUGGCCAAGGGCUUCGCCGACCUCGAACCCUUGCCGGAUGCUCCUCCACCUCAGGAGGAGGAGAAUCGAAGGAUGCUGCUGCUGAUGGCGAGUCUCAACAUUGACAGUCAAAUAUAGCUACAAGCUAGCCUGUUACAAGUCUACAACGUAACUGUUUUGGCUGUAUCUGCAUGCUUUUGUGUGGAUUUCUUUGAUUAUCCUCACACAUACAUAUCCAUAUCCUCAUGAACACUCUAGGCAUAUAAUGACUGCAGUGAUUAUUGCCUGCCUAUUUUUUAUAUCAUCUGACAAUAUGCAUACACUCAUGCAUAAAUUGGACAACAAUAUCAAGUGGUGGUCCAUGCAUCUUGAUGAAGUUUGUGACUUACAGAGGUCUUGUUUGGUGUCAGAA